UUCCUGAGCAGGGCUGUAAAAUGGUCAUCUAGUAAGAUCAAAAACCAGAAUUUGUUCAAGGAGAACAUUACCCUCACCCACAAGAGCAGUGGCUCCAUAAUCUCUGUCUUCGCAGGCUGUGUUUCAAUCGCCAUGAUAGGGUUCUUGCUGGUCAUCGGAGGCAUCCUUACUUUGAGGAUGGCUAGAAGGACUGAGAAGCAGUGGAACCAGAAUGUGUUAUAUACAAAUCUAGCAAGUGAUACAACUCAGGUUACUUCUACUAGUUUUGAUGGACUAGCUGUGAGAGUUUCAAUACAGACACUCGUGCCUGAAUAUUUACCGGAUAGAGUAAGUCGUUAGGUGAGCUUUUUAGUUUGAAGAUUUCUUUGAUGUUAAAAACCAACAAAACCUCUCUUGAGUACAAAAACUGCAGCCAAUACGACUUCAAGUACCUUCCUACAUCUCCCUCUCUCUCUAAAAUCACCAAAUCAGGUAAAUCAUUCCACCUCUGCUUCAACAUCACCAACAUCGCCUUCUCCGGAAAUCUGGAGAACUUCGACUCAUUAAAGUACGCAGCUGUUGACCUGAAGCUGAAAUCUAGUCUGAAGACCAAGCUGAAAGAGGGCUAUUUUACAGUCAACUUUGACGUCCAGCAUAAGUAUGUUGACUUGGAUGAUCUGGAUAAUCCAUUCAAAUACUAUUACCGCUCGUAUGGAAUUGGAGGAUCAGAGCUCGAGGAGUUUUCUGGGUAUAAUGGGUAUAGGUAUGACCUCAAUAGGAAUGAAAUUGAGCUACAAGAUACUUGGUGGGAUUUCCUGACAAAUCCUGAACCUCAUAAGCUUUUGAACAUCAACUCUGAUCAUACGUACUCUCAUGAUGAACAAGCUACAACUCAGUAUACCGUGUUUUUCAUACUUGGUGAUCAAACUUAUCAAUACGGAAGAAAAGUGCUCAACUUUCUUGAAGUUACUGGAAUCGUUGGGGGUCUCUUCGAGAUCCUUGACAUUUUUAUUGGAAUCUUCAUUGGCUACAUUUAUAAUUACAAUUUAAAAAGAGAAAUUAGAAGAGACCUAACCAAAUCUGAGGAAAAGAUUCAGGAGCUAGAGGCAAACAUGAAGGAAAUUUUGCGUAAUACAGAAGAUAAUAAUGAACAAUUCAACAGGAAUGGUCCUUCUGCUGACUUACAAACACUCAGGAAUAACUUGCACAACCAUCCAGAUGCAAAUGAGGAGUCUAAAGGGAUUUAUCAGAGUCAGCAAGACAUCCAAACUAUUCAAGAAAACUCUAAUUUUCUGAAUGGACUAGCUCAGAUCUCUGAAAAUCCUUUCAGAAGUGUUUAUAUGAACGCUGUUGAAGGGAUCAAUAGUCAAAGCCAAGAAGCUCAAAAAUAAGGAAAAGAGACUUAAAAACUUUAUGAAACUUAACAUCGGAAGUCAAUAUGAGUUGCUAAAGCCUAAAAAGAUCAAUGUUGAUAAGUUCUUAAAAGAGAAGUUAGGUAAUUUUUGGUUUAAAUUGACCCUCUGUAGAUUGUGUGAACCUGAUCUCUUCUAUCAGGACUCUUGAGCUUAAAGUUAAGUACCUUCUGACAAGAGAUCAAGACCUUUCCUUGCCUUCUGUGCCUGAUCCUAGUGCCAAAGUUGCUUCAAUGGAAAGGCAAGGGAUCAAACAACCAGGGCUGUACCAGCGGAUUCAUAAGAUUAUUAGCCCUGAGAAGUUGAACCUUAUUCAAGGU